CCUUCCCCCUCUAGUAUUAGUUCCUGACAACAUGUCUGAAUCCUCGCCGGACCUCUCUCUCCUCCGCCGCUACGAGCUUCGCCUCCUCCGCUGCACCCUCCUUUCCCCUCCUCCGCCACCCAAUCCCUCACCCUCCGAUCAAUCCUCACCCCCUCACCCCCUCUCCCCUCUCAUUGCCUCCCUCCUCACUUCCAUCGAGUCCGGCCGGUACCUCGACGCCCUCACCUCCGCCGAUGCCAACCGACUCCUCUUCAAGCUCGCCGACUCCGACUCGCUCUACGGCCCCGACCGAGUCUACUCCGAGUUGCUCCGCCGCGUCGAGUCGUUCAUAUCCGAAGAAGACGAUAAUGACAAGGACAAGGCCUAUAGAGUCGUCGUCGUCCUCUGCGUCGCCGUCGCCGCCUUGCUCGCUUUCACUCAGUCCAACUUGACCGGACCGUCGGAGGGGUUUCCGAGGUGUCCUUUGCCGGUGGAAGUGGCCUUGUGUGAUGAUGAGUGGGACAAUUGGGCGCGUAAUCAGCUCAUGGCUGCUGGCUCUGACUUGCUUGGCAAGGUCUAUAAUGUUCAGUAUAUAAUUUAUGCAAAGAUAUUGGUCAUGAAGAUGAAAGAUUUGUUAUUUGAAGGAAGUGGGUCUUGUGCAUAUGGAAUUAGGAGCCUUUCAUGGUGGCUCGCCAGGGUCACCUUUCUCCAUCAGCGCAUUCUCGACGAUCGGUCUUCAUCUCUGUUCGACCUUUUGCAUGUCUACACAAGUGAAUCUUUGAAUCAUUUUGGCACCUUGGAGAAAGUAACAAGUUAUUGGGGUAGCGAUUUGUGUAAUGGCGAGGGUGCAACACUUGUCUCAGUGAUUCACCUGGAAGCUGGAAUGGUAGAGUACAUUUAUGCACGAGUUGAUUCCUGCAGGUUGCUUUUUGACUCAGCUGAAGCAGCAGCAGGAUUAAAGCUUUCAGUUACCGGGGUUCUUGGGUUCCGUACCAUACAUCAGGUUGAACCAAAAGCACAAAUGGUUCUUUUAGCGGACACAACUUUGUCCAAGACUGGGCCGCUCUGUCCCUCUGUAAGCCCUAGCUCCCAUAUAUACGAUUCUAUCAGCAGCAAUGAUACAUCUGAUCAGCCAUCCCAUGAGGCAUCUGAUAUAUUAUUGACUCCAAGGUUGGUAGAGAAUGAGAGCAAUUCUGGAAUUAUAUCAGAGGGCAUUCAAGUUGGUGGUACUACUACUGACGCUUUGAGUGCGAUCCAUCAGGCAGUAAUCCUGGCUAAAUGCCUUUUAAUUGAAAAGAGCACGCGACAUGAUGAGAUGCAGAGAUGGGAAAUGGCUCCAUACAUUGAGGCAAUUGAUUCUCAGCUAUCAUCUAAUUUUAUUAUACGACGGUGCUGUGAUGCCCUACGUAUUCGGUGGGAGUCAACACGCAGUCACACCAAGGAACGUGCUUUGAUGAUGAUGGAAUCAUUGGUUCAGGGUAUCAACAAGCUCACUCCAGGAGUGGCAGAAAGGAUUCCUUUCUGCUAUGGGAUAUAUAACCCUACAAUUUCAGCCUUGCGGAAGGAAUACGGUGAACUUUGUAUUCGUUGUGGUCUGGUAGGAGAGGCAGUCAAAAUUUUCGAGGACCUGGAAUUAUGGGAUAACCUAAUAUUCUGCUAUAGCUUAAUGGAGAAAAAAGCAGCGGCUGUUGAACUGAUCAAGACACGGCUUUCUGUAUCACCUAAUGACCCCAGGUUAUGGUGCUCACUGGGUGAUGUUACUAAUGAUGAUGCCUGUUUCAAAAAGGCCCUUGAAGUUUCAAAUGAUAGAUCAGCCCGGGCUAAGCGGUCUCUUGCACGCAGUGCAUACAACAGGGGGGAAUAUAGAAUAUCAAAACUUCUGUGGGAGUCUGCUAUGGCCUUGAAUUCUCUGUUUCCUGAUGGUUGGUUUGCACUGGGGGCUGCUGCAUUAAAGGAUAGGGAUAUUGAGAAGGCACUAGAUGGCUUUACUCGGGCUGUUCAGCUUGAUCCUGAAAAUGGGGAGGCAUGGAAUAAUGUUGCCUGUUUGCAUAUGAUAAAAGGGAAGAGUAAAGAAGCUUUUAUUGCAUUUAGAGAGGCGCUAAAGUUCAAACGAAACAGCUAUCAACUGUGGGAGAACUACAGCCAUGUUGCUUUAGAUGUUGGAAAUAUUUCUCAGGCUCUAGAAGCUACACGGAUGGUGUUGGAUCUUACUAAUAAUAAGAGAAUUGAUACUGAAUUAUUGGAAAGAAUUAUGACAGAGGUGGAAAGCAUGGCUUCACAUAAUUCAGCAAUGACUGAUAACAAGCACAAUGUCCUCAUUAAUGGGACUGCAAAUGCGGAAUCUGAGGUGGGAAAUUCUCGGGAAGCUGAGCACUUAGUUGAAUUUCUUGGAAAAGUUCUACAACAGAUAGUUCGAAGUGGAAAUGGAGCAGACAUUUGGGGCUUGUAUGCUAGAUGGCAAAAAAUGAAAGGGGACCUUGCAAUGUGCAGAGAAGCUUGGCUAAAGCAAGUCAGAUCAUACCAGGGGUCUGAUUUGUGGAAAGACAGAGACCGGUUUAAAAAGUUUGCAAAAUCGUCUUUGGAACUCUGCAAAGUGCAUAUGGAGAUUUCUUCAUCUACUGGUAGCCAUGAUGAACUUCUCUCAGCUGAAAGGCACCUAAGGAACAUAAUCAAACAGGCAGGGAACUUCUCAGACAUGGAAGAACUUCAACAUCUUAAAGUCUGCCUUGAUGAAGUGAAGUUAAAAAUUGAUUCUAAAAACGUGUCUGCUUAGGAGUUUCUUUCGGUAUUGCUGAGUAAAUUUGAUAUAAAUAUAAAGACAAGGAUGUCACCUUGGUUGAUUGGCUUGUUUGUGCCAUUAUCCUUCUAAUCAUUGGAACAGUGGUGGCCUAUUACUGGAUCUUCAUCGAGUUUGUACGGAUAGGAAAAACUCACUCUCUACGACUUCUAUCUGUCUUCGUGAUGGAAAGUAAGAACUCAAAUUUCUUCUAUCUGGACACUAGGGGAAUCGUAGCCGCACUUUAGAUUCAUCCGAAAACCGUAUUUCUGGUUAUAGAGCAGAUCAUCAGUUUUGCCAGAUAUGAUCGAACGGCAAUGUUCAAACAUCAGGAGUGGGACAGGCCAUAUAGUAUUCUUACUGUAGGUUGGCAGUCAUAGAUACUAGCAAAUCAUGAAUCAGGUUGAUUAGGUGCUUGAGAUUGCUUGUACUUCAAAUCUUUACCGAUGGAACCCCAAUGAUAGAGUCAGAGACCCAAUGUCGAGACAUUUCCAUGAUUAUUGUAAUUUGAGAAACAUAGUUAUUUGUCUUGUCAGGACAUUGCAUUUGCAAAUUAUGCCUGGUUGGUUUCAAGCGUAACCACUGUUCUUUAAACUUAUUUUGUUUUAACUUAUACAUCUGUGUUGAAGGAAAAACACUGUUUUUGUCGACAUAA